AUGACGGACACACCAACAGCACAAACAAUAACAAUACCAUUAUUCACACCAAAAGUCUGCAUCAGGAGAAGAUCUACAUAUGUAACAGAACAGCCGAAAAGGAGAAGAGCUUUCUCUUUGCAGAGGAAAUCUUGCGUCCAUCCAUGGGCAAAUCGGGAAGAUCCAAGUGAUGCUUAUGAAUUACCAGCAUCGCAGAGAGAAAUUUGGUGGAGAAAGGAAGUGAAAGUCACUCCUAUUCCUGGGGCCUACGAUGAAAUAGAUUUCAUACAGGAGUUGGUCAAAAAGCCCAACACGUACAACUUUAAGGCACUAAGCAGAAACCAGUGUAAAGGUCAUGCUGGGACCGGAACAUACCUAAUGCCCGGGAGUUAUGAAUAUCAAGAUUUUCUUCAGAUUUUGUCUAAGAAACCGGCUACAUACAGCUUUAAGACCAGUGAACGAUUUGCCCAGGAUGUCCUCAAUUUUGGACUUAAGGACAAGUACAUUGAUGUGCCACCUAAUGCGUACAGUACUCAGAACUAUUUGGCUAUUGAUGGUGAAAAAUGCCCCGUCAAAAAUUCCAUGUUUCGAUCCCAGAGCAGGAGGUUCUCGUAUCUGCUAGGAAACAAGAACGUCCCUUCUCCUGCUACAUACACAGUGAAAGACCCGUAUGCCGUCGCUCCAGCAAUCACCUCUUUCUAUACCAAAAAAAAUUUAAUGCAUUUCCCCACGGGGGAAGAACUGUAUA